CGGAGCCGCCCGGCCCUGCUCAGCCCAGCCCACGUUGCUACUGAGAUUGAAAUGCAGAACUCAAGCCUCUUUCAUCGGGGCUCAGACUUCCUUUUACUCCUUCCUUUUGCACUCGUGCCGCCUCCCCCGGGGAGAAGCCGAGACACCGGCUGCCCGAAGCAGAGACAAGCCGGGCCACUGAGGCCGGGAGAAAAGUUUCUUUCUGGGAGUGCGGAACUGGGGCCGGGUUGGUGUGCUGCUCGGAGCAAUGGAGCCAGCCUUUGGGGAGGUGAACCAGCUGGGAGGAGUGUUCGUGAACGGAAGGCCGCUGCCCAACGCCAUCCGGCUUCGCAUCGUGGAACUGGCCCAACUGGGCAUCCGACCGUGUGACAUCAGCCGCCAGCUCCGGGUCUCGCACGGCUGCGUCAGCAAGAUCUUGGCGCGGUACAAUGAGACAGGCUCGAUCUUGCCAGGUGCCAUCGGGGGCAGUAAGCCCCGGGUCACCACCCCCACCGUGGUGAAGCACAUCCGGACCUACAAGCAGAGGGACCCGGGCAUCUUCGCCUGGGAGAUCCGCGACCGCCUGCUGGCCGACGGCGUGUGUGACAAGUACAACGUGCCCUCGGUGAGCUCCAUCAGCCGCAUUCUGCGCAACAAGAUCGGCAAUUUGGCCCAGCAAAGCCAUUACGAUUCGUACAAGCAGCACCAGCCGGCGCCACAGCCUGCGCUGCCCUACAACCACAUCUACUCCUACCCUAGUCCCAUCACGGCGGCGGCAGCCAAGGUGCCCACUCCUCCCGGAGUGCCUGCCAUCCCUGGCUCGGUGGCCAUGCCACGCACCUGGCCUUCCUCGCACUCUGUCACCGACAUUCUGGGCAUCCGCUCCAUCACCGACCAAGGAGUGAACGACAGCUCCCCCUACCAUAGCCCCAAGGUGGAAGAGUGGAGCAGCCUGGGCCGAAGCAACUUCCCAGCCGCAGCCCCGCACGCGGUGAACGGGCUGGAGAAGGGAGCCUUGGAGCAAGAAGCCAAGUACGGUCAGGCACCAAAUGGUCUCCCUGCCGUGAGCAGUUUUGUGUCCGCAUCCAGCAUGGCUCCUUACCCUGCCCCAGCCCAAGUGUCACCUUACAUGACCUACAGCGCUGCUCCUUCCGGUUAUGUCGCUGGACAUGGGUGGCAACAUGCGGGCAGCACCCCGCUGUCCCCCCACAACUGUGACAUUCCCGCGUCGCUGGCGUUCAAGGGGAUGCAGGCAGCCAGAGAAGGUAGUCAUUCUGUCACCGCUUCCGCCCUCUGAUGGGAGAUUCGUCCCCAGCGGCUGCAUUCGGGGCUCCCCCCCUCAGCACAGCCUCCCCUGCUCCCACGUUUCCCAUCCUACCCCUUCUGCCCUCCAAACCCCCUGCCUCGAGAGCUGGCUUGAUGGACUCACAUCCUUUGUGCUGAUGACACUUAAGUAUUUCUUGCCAUAACUUCUUCUUGCAGAAACCCUGACAUGACUUUAGGAUUUAAAAACAAAAGCAACAUUAAGGAUUGAAUGAAAGUUUGUGUUGCCCACACACUGUUUUAAGGUAGUGAAGAAACCUACACCCCUCAAAGGGCUUAAGGAACUUUUAAAACUAGUCUUUGGUAAAACCACACAUGUAUAUUUAUUCUAAAGCAACCUGAAUUAUUGAAACGUGCAAUUGUUGAGAUUUUGCAAAAUCAAUAAAAGAAAACACAUGUAGAAAAAAAAGUUAUGUUAUACCCUCUAAUCAAACAAGGCAACCAAGUAAGCCUUAAUUCAUCAUCAGGAAACCAAUCAAUAACUGACUUGUUUGAGUGAUCCUUUGUCUAUUUUUAAGAGACGACCUAUUUUGUUUAAAAAUAUGUGUAGAAUUCAAAGCAGUGUCUCUAUUUAGCUCCUCCUGGUGUUUUGACUUGGCUCCAAAUGCAGUAAUGUUUAUGUUUUCUAUUGGUUUGUAAAUAUGGACUCUGGAUGGUGCAUUUGUGUCUUCAUUCCGUGGGGUAUCCCCUUUCCUCCAACCCCACCCCCUCUCUGUUUCUUUCUUUCUUUCCCUGCAAAGGUGACUUUCUGACAACAUCUUUAUGUCUUUAUCUCUGUUUGGUGGUGGGCUGCUCAGGCUCUCCUGGACCUGGACUUGCCCCCAAAUUUUGUGUGCGCAGUGAAGGCUUCAGCAUCUCAUGAAGGAAAUUUUCUUUCUACAGCAGAGGACUCAAAAAGCAGAUAAAGCAAGCCAAUCUCCUAUUUUGUACCCUAAUCAAACAACACACAUGCCAAGCAUAUAAAGACAACAGGGUGAAAAAUAUCUGAACAAGAAGGCUCUAAAGGAAGUCACUUAGAAACAAGUUUAAUGUGAAAUGUUUUGCAAAGACACUUAAAAUGAACUUUCUGUUAAGAAAACCACUGUGAAACUAAAUUGUACUGUUAUUGUUGGCUUACCUGUAUGUUCAGCAGUCUCAGCCCAAAAUUACGCUGUAAUUUAAAGAAAAUGGAAUCUGCUCUAAUGAAUGUAACAAUGGCUUGCUGUGAAGUUUACAUUGUUGUACAGAAGCAUGUCUCACAUGUAGGUAGACCGAUGGUGGUAUUAGAAAUACAAAUACUAUUUAAUUUUAACAAAUUCCCUUUAUUCAUUUCUAGAAUUACAGGACACAGAUCAACAAAUCUUUCUAGACCAGCUCCUUUUUCACUUUAAUGUUAAUAAUAGAGCUGUGGAAUAUAUGUGUGUAAGCAUGUGACUAUGUGUUGUAUUUGAAAACAAUUGGUUUUCUUGGGCAAAAAUCUAGUUUUUAUCUCUUCUGUUUAGGGAGUUCUUCCUGCUUGACAAUAUAGGCUUAAAAAUACAUUUUAAGGACAGUGGUACAAUUCAUCUAUUGGAAAAUUAAUAUAUUUUAGGGAUUAUUUUUUGGUGUUAAUUCUGUGCAAUAACUAAAGGGGCACCUCACCCUCACUCAACGUGGAUGUUAAAGAUGCAUUUGUUAGGUGAUUUUGAUUUCUCUGUAUCUGUGCUGUGCACAGUGACAUGGCAAUCCAGCUCUGCCAUAUAGGUUUCAUGGCUUCAUCUAAAACUCAAAUGGCUACAUCAGCUAGUUUCUCAAACUGCCAGGAUGUAAACAGUAAGUAGAUUUCCGACACAUACACUAUGAUGGAAAAACUGCUUUUUUCAAAAGCAGAUAUUUUAUAGAGCGCUCUGAACUGCAUUUAUUUCUAAAGCAACGGAGCUUCAGUGCUACAAGUAGAGGAUUGUAACUCUAGGAGAAGAAUAAGCAGAAGGAGCAGAUAAACUCUCAGGGCCAUAGUCUUCCUUUCAUCUUGUAAAACUCAUUUGACAUCUGGAGUUCCCAGUCUGGUGAGAAAAUAGACUAUAAACCGAAUGGAACAAAGAUCCAAUCCAAUAUUUUGGUGGAGACUUUAAAACCAUACCAUACAGUGACUCGACUGACAUCCAGCAAAACUGACAUAAGGUACAGAAUUACUCUUUAUUAAAUAUUUUCAAGUGGCUAUGGGGGGGGUCUUUAAAAAAAUAACAGUUGUUUGUAUGGAAACACAACUAAAUGUUAUUUUCUUUAUCUAAAUUAAGAAAUCUCUUAUUAUUAUUUAUGA